AUGCGGUCGAGCGUCAUCGCGGACGCGAGCGCGCGCGUCGUCGAGACCCUGCGCGCGCUCGGUCUCGCCCGCGGCGACGCGACGGGGGCGAUCGAGGCCGCGUGCGCGGCCGCGUUCGCGCGCGCGGGCGCGCGCGGCGCGCGGACGGCGGUGGACGGGGUCAUCGCGCGGGACGCGCAUCCGUUGGUGAUUCCGAUCGCCGCGCGCGCGGACGACGCGGACGCGGUGAUCGGGUUGUACGUCGGUGACGCGAUCGAUGGCUUGAGAGUGGCUCGAGUGGGGUCUGGAGGGUUUUUCGCGCGCGAUCGUAGCGUGGGGGAGGCGGACGGCGAGGCGCGGAUGCGGGUGACGCGGAGCGGACGGCGCGGCGCGACGCGGUUGGCGUCGACGGCGAAGACGUACGCGCGACGGGUGUUAGCGGAGAUCGACCGGGAUGGAUUAAACGAUGACGCGGGGGUGAGGGCGCUUCGAGAGAUUGUCGGGGAGGAGUAUUACGUCGCGGGCGAGCUCGCGAAAUCUGGGCUCGCGAGUCGGUUUGAGGUGUUCGCCACGAAGCGCAUCGAGCGGUUCAUGGACGCGGAUGAGGCGCUGAUCGAGGCGCACGUGAAGCGAAACGAUGAGAUCUCGGCGUUGGUUACCGCGGAGUGGCACGCGGGUGGGCCGUACGAGGGUUGGGCGCGUCCGCACGCGAUUAACGCGCGCACGCUGGCUCGGUACGGACGCUCCAUCGAGGCGCGGGAUCAGGCCCGCGUCGCGCUUUCCGCGGGACCUUGGUGGACGAUAGAUGAAGACGGCGAGUUGAUGCGAGAGAUGCAAAGGCUGAGCGGGUUCGCGGGGCGAAGCGCGGUUGACGCCCGUCGUACGCUGGACGGAGGCGACAUCGACGCGAGCGGCGCGCCGAUGGAAGAGGGAGGUCAACCACCGACAAAGGAAGAGCUCGCGAUUCGUCGAGCGACGGCGGCGAUGGAAGCCGUGUCGUGGGGUGAGUGUGGCGAUAAAGGUUGGGCGAGCGUCCGCGAGGUAGUCGCUGAGGCGUACGCUGAGGCUGGUCUACAGAAUUUGAGCGAGUACGUCCUCGCACCGUUGCGUCAGUGA